UCUGUGAUCAUAUUUCCUUGUUCCCUCCCCUUCAGAGCUACAGUUUGCAGAUGGGUGUAACCAACAUGCUGGGGCAAGUACAACUGCGUAUCACAUGCUUUUAUUACAUCACAGCUGAGACUAGUCUCACUUCUCAGGAAGUGAGACACAAGACAGUCAGACAGUCGUCACUGAGCGAGAGGUGAAAUGGCGCAGAAAGGAGUUGAGCUGGACCGGGAAACCUUCUCUUGUUCCAUCUGUCUGGAUCUACUGAAGGAUCCGGUGACAAUUAACUGUGGACACAGCUACUGCAUGAACUGUAUUAAAAGUCACUGGGAUGAAGAGGAUUGUAAGUACAUCUACAGCUGCCCUGAGUGCAGGAAGACGUUCACACCGAGGCCUGUACUGGUGAAAAGCACCAUGUUGGCAGCUUUAGUGGAGGAGCUGAAGAAGACUGGACUCCAAGCUGCUCCUGCUGAUCACUGCUAUGCUGGAGCUGAAGAUGUGGCCUGUGAUGUCUGCACCGGGAGAAAACUCAAAGCCAUCAAAUCCUGCCUGGUUUGUCUGAUCUCUUAUUGUGAGAAACACCUUCAGCCUCAUUUUGAAUCUCCUGCUUUUGAGAAACACAAGCUGGUGGAGCCGUCCAAGAAGCUCCAGGAGAACGUCUGCUCUCGUCAUGAUGAGGUGAUGAUCUCCCGUCUACCUAUCCGAACUCAUUCAUCCGUACACCCUGCCCAGAAGCCUAAGAUCACACGACCAGGUUCUGCUGGUAGCCCCUCGUGCCAGACUACAGCAGAGAGAAAAGAGCGCGGGACCUCGUCUGUGGAACUCCCUGCCUUUAGAGAUUAG